UGCAAGCAAUGCACUGUAAAUAAGGAAACUCUCGAUAAACUCGUAUAUGCAAAAAAAAAAUUAGCUUCAGAAAAAUGAAGUCUCCCCAGUUUUUAGUAUCUCCAUUUCUUAUUGCUGCUCUCUUCUCCUUGUCGUGGGCAACUUCAGCUCAUACUCAUGAGAGUUUUCUUCAUUGCCUUUCUCUUCGUUCCGAUGAUUCCUCUUCAAUUACUAGAGUCAUCUACACACAAAAUAAUUCUUCAUAUUCGUCCGUUUUGGAGUUUUCUAUGCAUAAUCUUAGGUUCUCCGCUCCAACUACCCCUAAACCUUGGGUCAUUAUAACCCCAUUUCAUGCAUACCACAUUCAAGCAACAAUUUACUGUUCAAGAAAACAUGGACUCCAAAUUAGAAUUCGAAGUGGUGGUCAUGAUUUUGAAGGUCUUUCUUAUAUCUCUGAAGUUCCAUUUGUCAUCAUUGAUUUGAUUAAUUUUCGAUCGGUAGAAAUUGAUGUGGAAAACAAAGUUGCAUGGGUUCAAUCUGGUGCAAUUCUCGGUGAGCUCUAUUACAGGAUUGCUGAAAAAAGUAGAACUCUUGCCUUUCCAGGCAGUGUUUGUCACACUGUAGGUGUUGGUGGAUAUUUUAGUGGAGGAGGUUAUGGCUUAUUAUUUCGGAAAUAUGGUCUUGCUGCUGAUAACAUAAUUGAUGCCCAAUUCAUUGAUGUUAAUGGAAGAAUUCUUGAUAGAAAAGCCAUGGGAGAAGAUUUGUUUUGGGCCAUUCGAGGAGGUGGAGGAGGUAGCUUUGGUGUUACCAUCGCAUGGAAAGUAAAGUUGGUUACUGUUCCAGCAACUGUGACCGGAUUCGUUGUUAGCAGGACCUUGGAGCAAAAUGCAAUCAAACUUCUUCAUCGUUGGCAAUAUAUUGCGCACAAUUUUCCAGAUGGAACAUACGCUUUCGUUGCCGUGCGAAGUGUGAAUGCUAGUCAAGAUGGGAAGAGGACGGUUCUAGCUUCCUUUAGUUUAUUCUUUCUUGGCGGUGUUGAUGAACUUGUUCCAUUGAUGCAAGAGAAAUUUUCGGAGCUUGGGCUAGUGAAGGAAGAUUGCACUGAAAUGAGUUGGAUUGAAUCUAUUCUCUACUUUGGCAUAAUUCAAAACAAAUCCUUGGAUAUUUUACUUGAUAGAACUUUCCAAAGUCCUCUCUUUAGUCCAGCCUUCAAGUCGAAAUCUGAUUAUGUGAAGGAACCUAUUCCUGAAAUUGCAUUAGAAGGACUAUGGUCAAAACUUUAUGAGGAAGGAGCAGAAUCAGCUGGUAUACUUUUUGUGGCUUAUGGAGGGAAAAUGGAUGAGAUUCCUGAGAAUGCAACUCCAUUCCCACAUAGAGCUGGCAACUUAUACAAAAUCGUAUAUUCUGCGGGUUGGCAAAAAGAAGAAAAUAUAAAAAGUCAGAGAUACAUAAAUUGGGUCAGGAGAGUUUACAGUUAUAUGAGCUCCUUUGUUUCAAAAUCUCCACGACAGGCAUAUGUUAACUAUAGAGAUCUUGACAUCGGAACCAACAACAAAAGUAACACAAGUUAUGCACAAGCAAGUGUUUGGGGUCUUAAAUAUUUUGGGAAUAACUUUGACAAGUUAGUGAAAGUGAAGAAGAUGAUUGAUCCAGAGAAUUUCUUUAGACACGAACAAAGCAUCCCUCCAGUUUUGUCUUGGUGGAAGAAGAGAGGCAAUUAGACUACUUUGGGGAUUAAAAGGAUUAAUCCUGUAUAUAGUGCUAAAUAAAGUAUUCGUUUAUUUCUUUGUUACCAUUUUGGCAUGAUUCAUGAGAGGCAUGGCUAGCCUAAUAUAUUAUAUGCAAUUAAUUAGAGGUGUGUUGUUUAGUAUUUAUUUCUCCAAAUUUCAUUAUUAAAUUUGACACUGAAAAUUGCGUCAGGCAGGGUUGGAUUUGUUUAAUUUAUGUUUUUCAGGGAAAUUAUCUUUGAGAAUUACUUAACUAACUUUUCCUGGACAUAUGGUUCUUAAAGAUUGAGGAUAUUGCAAUACAGCGCACA